AUGCCUGAUAAUACUGGAGAGAAAGAACAACCGUCCCCCGAACAUGGCCAAUGUAGUGAUGAGAGCAAAGCGGAAAACGAUGUUGAAAAACCAAAAUCACCGCCAAUGGGUCGACGACCUCAGCAUUACCAAAAGGAGGGAACAGUCCAGCCAACCGUUGGAGAUCCAAUAGCAUCUAGGCCUGCUACCCCAAGGAAAAAAAUGGCUGAUAAAUCUGGAAAGAAAGAGCACGCAUUCCCCGAACAUGGCCAAUGUAGUGAUGAGAGCAAAGCGAAAAACGAUGCUGAAAAACCAAAAUCGCCGCCAAUUGAUAAAACCAAAGGGGUAAGAAGAAAUUCCUGUGGCAAGAGACCAGAAUCGUCCACCACUCCUGAUAAUAAUAACUCGCUUCCAUAUGCGCCUGCUCCUUCUCCUGACUUUGGGAGCAAUGUGGAAAACGAUAAUGUGGACACAAGAUCAAUGAAAUCUGAUGAUUCACUCAGUGAGGCAGGUUCCAAUGUUAUGUCGGUCGCUUCCCUAAAUAUAGAUGACAGUAUAGAUUUCGAUUCUGACAGAACAGAGUCAGCGAAUUCUGAUGAAACAGAGUCAGCGAAUUCUGACGGAACAGAGUCAGCGAAUUCUGACGGAACAGAGUCAGCGAAUUCUGAUGGAAUAGAGUCAGCGAAUUCUGACGGAACAGAGUCAGCGAAUUCUGACGGAACAGAGUCAGCGAAUUCUGACGGAACAGAGUCAGCGAAUUCUGACGGAACAGAGUCAGCGAAUUCUGAUGAAACAGAGUCAGCGAAUUCUGACGGAACAGAGUCAGCGAAUUCUGAUGGAACAGAGUCAGCGAAUUCUGACGGAACAGAGUCAGCGAAUUCUGACGGAACAGAGUCAGCGAAUUCUGACGGAACAGAGUCAGCGAAUUCUGAUGAAACAGAGUCAGCGAAUUCUGACGGAACAGAGUCAGCGAAUUCUGAUGGAACAGAGUCAGCGAAUUCUGACGGAACAGAGUCAGCGAAUUCUGACGGAACAGAGUCAGCGAAUUCUGAUGAAACAGAGUCAGCGAAUUCUGACGGAACAGAGUCAGCGAAUUCUGAUGGAACAGAGUCAGCGAAUUCUGACGGAACAGAGUCAGCGAAUUCUGAUGGAACAGAGUCAGCGAAUUCUGAUGGAACAGAGUCAGCGAAUUCUGACGGAACAGAGUCAGCGAAUUCUGACGGAACAGAGUCAGCGAAUUCUGAUGAAACAGAGUCAGCGAAUUCUGACGGAACAGAGUCAGCGAAUUCUGAUGGAACAGAGUCAGCGAAUUCUGACGGAACAGAGUCAGCGAAUUCUGACGGAACAGAGUCAGCGAAUUCUGAUGGAACAGAGUCAGCGAAUUCUGAUGAAACAGAGUCAGCGAAUUCUGACGGAACAGAGUCAGCGAAUUCUGACGGAACAGAGUCAGCGAAUUCUGACGGAACAGAGUCAGCGAAUUCUGAUGAAACAGAGUCAGCGAAUUCUGACGGAACAGAGUCAGCGAAUUCUGACGGAACAGAGUCAGCGAAUUCUGACGGAACAGAGUCAGCGAAUUCUGAUGGAACAGAGUCAGCGAAUUCUGACGGAACAGAGUCAGCGAAUUCUGACGGAACAGAGUCAGCGAAUUCUGAUGAAACAGAGUCAGCGAAUUCUGACGGAACAGAGUCAGCGAAUUCUGAUGGAAUAGAGUCAGCGAAUUCUGAUGGAACAGAGUCAGCGAAUUCUGACGGAACAGAGUCAGCGAAUUCUGAUGGAACAGAGUCAGCCAAUUCUGAUGGAACAGAGUCAGCGAAUUCUGAUGAAGUGUCAGUGAGUUUGACAGAAAUAAUAGUACACCCCUUGGGACCAGAGUCUCCAGAGAGUGAGAAUCGCACCCUCUCAUCAUACAUUUCGAGUCAAAGCUCUCAGAGAGGCGACACCAAUGUAUAUCGUCUUCUGCGACCCCCUGAUAGCCAGACCAACAUUAUCCCGCCACCUACUAAAUUCGCAACUAGGUUUGCCUCCCCAAGACAACCUAGUCUCCCUUCUACUAGUGGAGCUUCUGCAUCCUCAUCAGCAUUACAACAUCAACGAGCAACCCCGCUCAAACCAAAAGAGUCUAGACCUGAUACCCUGUUGAGGUCUGAUUUCUCCAUUGGUGCAACUUCAUUGGAAUUACAAAAUUAUCAGCAAUCCAAAAGGCAGGGAACAGUCAAGCCAACCGUUGGAGAUCCAAAAGCAUCUAGAACCUCUACCGCAAGGAAGUCUGAUUCUCCUAAUGGUGGAGUUCGUUCAUCCCCGAUGGGUCCACGACCUCAGCAUUACCAAAAGCGGGAAACAGUCCUGCGAACCGUUGGAGAUCCAAAAGCCUCUAGACCUGCUACCGCAAGGAAAUCUGAUUCUCCUAUUGGUGGAGUUCCUUCAUCCCCAUUGGGUCCACGACCUCAGCAUUACGAAAAGGAGGAAACAGUCAAGCCAACCGUUGAAGAUCCAAAAGCAUCUGGACCUGCUACCGAAAGGAAGUCUGAUUCUCCUAAUGGUGGAGUUCGUUCAUCCCCAAUGGGUCCAGUACCUCAGCAAUACGAGAAGGAGGAAACAGUCCAGCCAACCGUUGAAGAUCCAAAAGCAUCUGGACCUGCUACCGCAAGGAAGUCUGAUUCUCCUAAUGGUGGAGUUCGUUCAUCCCCGAUGGGUCCACGACCUCAGCAUUACCAAAAGCGGGAAACAGUCCUGCGAACCGUUGGAGAUCCAAAAGUCUCUAGACCUGCUACCGCAAGGAAGUCUGAUUCUCCUAUUGGUGGAGUUCCUUCAUCCCCAUUGAGUCCACGACCUCAGCAUUACGAAAAGGAGGAAACAGUCAAGCCAACCGUUGAAGAUCCAAAAGCAUCUGGACCUGCUACCGAAAGGAAGUCUGAUUCUCCUAUUGGUGGAGUUCCUUCAUCCCCAAUGGGUCCAGUACCUCAGCAAUACCAGAAGGAGGGAACAGUCCAGCCAACCGUUGGAGAUCCAAUAGUAUCUAAACCUGCUACCGCAAGGAAGUCUGAUUCUCCUAUUGGUGGAGUUCGUUCAUCCUCGUUGGGUCCACAACCUCAGCAUUACCAGAAGGAGGGAACAGUCCAGCCAACCGUUGGAGAUCCAAUAGCAUCUCGACCUGCUACAGCAAGGAAGUCUGAUUCUCUUAAUGGUGGAGUUCGUUCAUCCCCGAUGGUUCCACAACCUCAGCAUUACCAAAAGCAGGGAACAGUUCAGCCAACCGUUGGAGAUCCAAUAGCAUCUAGACCUGCUACCGCAAGGAAGUCUGAUUCUCCAGUUGGUGGAGUAUCUUCAUCUGCAACGGUUCCACGACCUCAGAAUUUCGUAGAUCGGAACAUUACCACACCCCCCACUGGAGAUCCACAUCCAAACAUAUAA